GCUGGUCUGACGGGAUGCAGCGUCUACGGAAGCCGCCAGUUUCUCGGCCCGGCUUCUCCUCUGCACAUGCGUGUUAGAGCCGCCCCUCACUCCAGUGCGGCUCUUUCUCGCCGGUUCUCUCCGGGGCGCCCCUGAAAAUAUGUCGGAAGGAGUGGACCUCAUCGACAUCUACGCCGACGAAGAGUUCAACCAGGAUUCUGAGUUUAGUAAUGCUGACCAGAUGGAUUUAUAUGACGACGUGUUAGCUGCCAGCUCACAACCAUCAGAAAGUUGCACUGCCACCACUGAGCCACCACCUGAAAACCGCCAAGAACAGUCUCCCAAGCCAAACAGCAAAUCACCUGCUAUCCUGUAUACCUACAGCGGACUGCGCAAUAAAAGAGCUGCUGUUUAUGUGGGCAGCUUCUCCUGGUGGACGACUGACCAGCAGCUGACACGAAUCAUCCGCUCUGUGGGUGUUUACGAUGUGGUAGAGCUCAAGUUUGCUGAAAACAGAGCCAAUGGCCAGUCCAAAGGGUAUGCAGAAGUUGUGGUUGCCUCUGAAAACUCUGUUCACAAACUGUUGGAGCUGCUGCCAGGAAAAAUUCUUAAUGGAGAUAAGAUGGAAGUGAAGUUGGCUACCCGGCAAAAUCUUGCACAGUUUGAAGCACAAGCUCGAAAACGGGUGCCUCCAAGGGCUCACUCAAGAGAUUCCUCAGACUCAGUAGAUGGCCGGGCUACUCCAACAGAGAACGCUGUGCAGCCACCACGCAUUGAGAAGCCUCCUUCUGUUUUGCCUUUCUUCAACCGCCCUCCUUCUGCGCUUCCACUCAUGGGGCUACCACCUCCACCGAUACCACCCCCUCCACCACUUUCAUCCAGUUUUGGGGUUCCACCACCACCACCUGGCAUCCACUACCAACAUCUAAUGCCCCCUCCCCCUCGACUUCCUCCCCAUCUCACUGUGCCACCUCCUGGGACAGUGCCACCUGCGCUGCACCUCAACCCAGCCUUCUUUCCCCCACCAAGUGCAGCAAUGGCUCCUCCGCCAGAUGCCUAUAGCAAAGCUUCUGCACCAUAUAACCACAGCAGCCGGGAAUUGGGCCAGUUGCCGCCUCCUGUCAGUGAAGCUGAAUUUGAAGAUAUCAUGAACAGGAAUCGAGCAAUUUCCAGCAGUGCCAUUUCCAAAGCUGUGUCUGGUGCCAGUGCAGGGGAUUACAGUGAUGCCAUUGAGACCCUGCUCACAGCCAUUGCUGUUAUUAAACAGUCACGAGUAGCAAAUGAUGAGCGAUGUCGAGUCCUUAUCUCCUCACUAAAGGAUUGUCUUCAUGGUAUUGAAGCCAAGUCUUACAGUAUGGGCACCACCACCAGCAGCAGUAGCAGCAGCAGUUCCUCCAGAAAAAGACAUCGGUCUCGAGAUAGAUCACCCAGUCGAUCCCGUGAGAGCAGUAGAAGGCACCGAGAUGUGGUCCAUAAUGAAGAUCGGCAUGAGGAUUAUUUCCAGGAAAGGAGCCGAGAGCAUGAGAGACACAGAGACAGGGACAGAGAAAGAGACCGGCAUCACUGAAAGAAGACCGGGGAAGCAUUCAGUGGUUUUAGAGACUCGUAUCUCCAUUCCUUACUGAAGACUAAAAGAAUGGAGGCUUCUCCACUCCCUCCUUCCCGCUGUCCUCUGCUCUUUCUGAACCCCUUGGAAGUGUUGCCUGAGAACACCGUCUGGCACACUGUGGCAGUGGGACCUGAGCUCUGCCAGUGUGCUGCUGCUGCUGCUGCUCCUCCUUCUUCUUGAUGGAGACUCAGUGAAUGACUUGGAGUUUGGGAGGGGUUCUCUGAGCCACUGUGACCAGGGGGCCAUGGAUUCUUGGACCUAAAGAGAAAUGGUGCUUUCCACAGAGGUUUGCCACCUUGUUCCAUGGCAUUUCUAGAAGCACUUGGGGAGGAACUCAUCCAUCCUGUCUCUCAUUGGAAGAACUCGUGCUUCAGUACAAUCCCAUGGUGUAUGACUAUAGUUUCGCCGGAGCUCAUGUCCACGGUCCACACUGCACUGUCAGACAUUAAGGCACUCAGUCCUAAAGUCUGGCUGUCUUUCCAAAGCAGCUUUAAUCUUGUCCCUCUAGUACUGUUGUGUACCGCUCAGAAAACAGUAUUUUUUUCCCCUCUUCCAAGAUGGAGGAUAGGCCAGCUGCUGCUUCCAGGCACUCCCUUCUCUUUUCCCCACAUAGUUCUUGAACAGUAUCAUAUUUGUUAUAUCUGGCUGCUCCUAGUGGGGCUGGUCUUGAUCAACUUGUUACAAUACAGGAUCCCCUUUUUUAAAAAAGAGAGUAGAUCUGGCUCUGGUUAUUGUAGGCAUCCUCUCCACACGAUUUACUAACAGGUUCUUUGCCUCAUUUCAUGCAGUAGGUGUUCCAGUUGCAGCUGCUUACAUCAGUCUUUAUUUCCAGGGCCAGUCUGUCCCAGAGUACUACCUUCCUUGUUGUAGAGGAAGUUAUGUGAACAGAGACCCGAUUGAUGCAGUAGCAUGGAAUGGCGGCAAAGUCAAGCUGGGUCUUUCUGGAAGUUCCUGACUGCAGUCCACCCUCAGCAUUUUAAAAUUCUGUGUAAUGUAUGUGUUGAUUUAAGGUCCAAUUUUUCUUCCGGCCCACGUGAUUUUUACAUUGCAGUCACUAUGGAGUUUGCUUCAGUUAGCACAAUACAUCAGUGAUCUCUGGCAUGCCAAUCUUAGGGACACAUUUGAAGACAGUGGAAAGCCACAUCACCAUAUAUAACUGUGUUCUGUAAACAUAAUUAAGGUUACUGGAGCCACUCUGUCAUUCAGCCAGCAACUCCCUCCAGGCCAGUGUCAUCAAAGUCAACAUAAGGAGCAUGGCAAGACAGGUGGCCGCAGAGUGCUUGAUUAAGCUGUCAUCUUUGUGAUGUAACCCUUUGGGGUGUGCAUUUUCACCUUUCAGUACUACACCUAAGCCUGAGGCACACCAGUUAUUUAGAAUCACAACAGUACACUGUAUCCUGGAAUACAUAGCCUCAGAAACUUGGAUCUCUCAAUAAGGCUGAGCAUCUGUUCCACUCAUGAACAAUUAAUGUGACUCUCCAGCUUGCAUGGUGAAGCUUCCCUUGUAGAAGGAUCCUGUCUCAUCUGACUGAACAGUUGUGUGGUCUAAAGAGGAAGGGAUGGUAUCUCAGAGGAUAUCACCAUGUGAUGCAGAACCACCUCUUGUACUGUUGAUCCAGAGGUAUUUGACGCUUCGUGUUUUUUAAGAGAAAAAAAGUUAUGUAAAAAAAGGAGUGACAGCUUACACUGUAAAAUACCAAACAUGAAUUGGAAAUGUUGCUUUUUACAAAAUGGGACUUUUUAGUUUGUUUUGAAAUAAUGGGAAAAAUGAAAGAAAGAAAUGACAAAUGAAACGUAGCCUUGGUUCCCCUUGACUCUUCCACCCUUGUUCUUUGUGAUUUGAUUUGUUUGUCUUUUUCUGAUAGGUUGAAAAUUGUGUAAUAAACUUGAUGAUAUUGUCAAUCUUU